ACAUCGUCAAACGUCAAUUUACGUGGCUGACAUCUGAUAUUGUUGUCUCGGUCUAUGUAUCUUGAGUUUUGUUUGCUUUUCUCCAAUUUCUAUCAAAGUUCUCUGAUAAUAAAUCAUUCUAUCGAUGUUUUUAAUAUAACUGUUCAUGUUAAUAAGCUGGUAAAGGGAAGACAGCAUGGGUUUAUGCAAGUGUCCAAAAAGAAGAGUGACAAAUCAGUUUUGUUUUGAACAUGGGGUGAAUGUUUGUGAAUAUUGUAUGGUGACGAACCACCCCAAGUGCAUCGUACAAUCGUACUUGCAAUGGUUGCGAGACAGCGAUUAUAAUCCCAUAUGUGAAAUUUGCACAAAAAAUUUAAGUGAAGGCGAAUGUAUACGAUUAACUUGUUAUCAUGUGUUUCACUGGGCUUGUGCGGAGUCUCGGUACCGCUCCCUGCCGCAAACGACCGCUCCAGCUGGCUACCAGUGCCCAUCGUGUGCCACUCCUGUGUUUCCUCCACAAAACCUAGUCUCUCCUGUGGCUGAUGUUCUGAGAGAGAAACUGGCGGGAGUCAAUUGGGCCCGUGCUGGACUUGGUUUACCCUUGUUAUCAGAGGACCAAGAUCUGAAAGGGGCUGCUGGAAGGCGAAGUACCUCGCCCAUAGAUAACAAUCAAUUCUUCUCGAGCUCAGUGGACAGCCAACGAGGGACCCCUGUGGGUGCCAGCGAUGAUGAGUCUAGCAGCAGAGCACCAAAUGGCACAGCACAUUCCAUUGUUCAAAUAUCUGAUGAACACAAAAUGUAUGAAGGUUCAUCUAUCAAAAGAAGUGACAGUUUACAAGGUGGUCAGGCUCCAAGAAAAUCAUUCAAAUCACUGGACCAAUCCAAGCCAUCAAGCAAUUUUGAUCAUGACGAGAAUAAAUACAAACAAAAGUCUACAUUUGCCUGGAUUAGCAGAUGGUGGAAGAAUACACUCCCAUCAUCGCGAGUGAGACGAGCAGGCGGCAUCUACAGGCGAUACUGGAUCUUACUGUUUGUUUUGAUUGCUGUCAUGGUCAUCCUCCUGGUGCUCAGCCAUAGGGAUGUUACUGAAGAGAACCCGUUUGGAUACAUACAAGACGACGACCGUAUGAUACUGCAGAAAAACUAAAAAUAUUCUAUGUUGCAUAUUUUUAAAAUGAAGCAAUCUGUUAAGUGAUAUAAACCAGUUAGGUAUAACGUAAUUGAAUAUAAUUUUAUCAUAAUUUAUUCUUUGAAUUCUGUAUAAUUUCUUUUAUCAUGUAAAAUAAAAUAAUAAUACAUAGACACAAUGGAUAUAUUCAUCAUUCAUAUAUAGUGUAGUAUAUAAAAGUAAAACUAAAAUUAAAACAAAUUGAAAUACUUGUGACCAGAAAAGAAGCAGACUUGAUACUUCACUUAACAUGAACAUUGGUACCACACCCAUCCAAGCAAAGCCCAUGAUCCAAGCAAUGACCCAGUCUAGGUGGAUACACCAGGGGGCACAUAUUUUAUAGGGAGUGACACACUCAGGGAUGGGAGAGGAAGACCGACCAGCCGCAACCAGUCCACCGCAAUCGACCGACUAUACAGCCUAUAGCAAAUAUAGGAAUUGAUUCCAAUGUGACCUCUAUCAGUUUGUAGUUUUAAUUCCAUAACAUCAUGUUUUCUAGAAAUCAAAGCCUUAAUUCCAAUACGUUGUGUUUCCUCAGUAACCUGAGCAGAAUUUAUUACAAUGAGACCUCUAUCAGUUCGUAGCAUUUAUACCAAUACAUAUUGAUUUCUCAAAUUCGAAAUCUUGAUUCCCAUACAUGGUGUUUUCUCCUUUUUGCAGCAUUGAUUCCAAUAUAACUUCCAUCAGUUGACUUGAUACUUAACACUUAAUGUACACAAUAAAUAAAUUUUCCCAGUGAACUUACAAGAUCUUUGUACAAGUGUCCACAUCUUUAUUAAGGAACAUAACAGAAAACACGUCAUUAUAGAAAUCAGGAUAGUAUUCACAUGCACGGCGACAAUCCGGCAUCCAGUUUACUUCCAACAACUGUGGUAGAAUUUUCAUUUCACCAUCUACUUUCUGCCACUUCAACAUAAUGUCUGCUGCAUAUAAAGCUCUAGAUUGUGGGCUUUUUCCAAUCCCACGUGGUGGUUCGACACAAGUGGCAGCCUUAAACACCUCAGAUAUCAUUCCAAAUAUAGAUUUUUCUACUUCAUCCCAAUUAUAAUUGGCAUUCUGUAGAGCCCAAGCUUCCUUAAACUGGGCACAUAGCAUUCUAAAUAAAGUAUUUUCCGUGUAAUUCAUAACAGUGAAAUGCUGUUCAUAAUCUUCAAAAUUAUCCAUUGCAAAUGGUUUAUUUGCAAAUCUUAGAAAAAAGUUAUUGUAAAUGUAAACUUGGGUUGGAUUUACUGAUGUCAAAAGAAUAACAUAGCGAAUAUCAAAUUUCACUCGCCCUAUAUCAGGCCUUUCGAACAAAACUGAAUUCUCAAUAUAUUUUUGUGCUAUUUUAGGACCACUUUGAGGUAAGCGACACAUAAAGUAAAGGUCAUCUGUAACAUAGGUAUCUAAACUUCUGGCUAAAUUAUAUGGUUUGCAAAUCCAAUGAUUAUCCAAACCAGCUUUCUUUCUCUGCAUGUAAUAUGCUACAAAUUUUGAGAGUUCGGUCUUCAUAUUGAAUGUAGUAGGCAACCAAGCUGGGCUAGUUUCCAAUGCACUGAGAUUAUCAUAUUUUUUAGAACACCUCCUUGCAACUAUUGCUAAUAAAUCUUUAAUAGUUAUAACAUAUUCAAAGGGAAAUUGAUUAACAAAUUUGUUUGGAGUGUUUAUACUGAAAUCUCUGAAUGUUUUGAAAUGAUCUGUAUACCACACUAUAUCAGCAUCAUCUUCAUUGUGUACAAUCUCGAAUUCUGGUAAUGUAAGAUGCUCAUUGAUAAAUCUGUAAUUUGAAAACACUUUGAGCUUUUCACCUGCAGUUGUUUCUCUUCUACUUAAUAUUUCCAAAUCUGGUAAAUCCUCUACAAUAUGACCUUCAAGGAAAUAAUUUGAAUCGGGUUCCUCUUGUGAGAAGUCAUCAUCAAAGUUAUUAUAAUGCUUCCAAGGAAUCAGCAUGGCUUCUCUUUGCAAAGAAUCUGUAUAAUUGCCUUCCACAAAAUUCCUUGUAAUUGGUUCACCCUCUUCAAUAUCCUGUAUAGGAAAUAGUAGGGUAUAUGUUAUUUGUCUUGGAAUAUGCAUAAAUGGAACAGUUCUAAAAUUUGGGUUAUCUGAAUGAAUAAUACCCGAGCCCAACUCAUCUAAAACAUACCAAACUGGUACACGG